UUCGCUCUCUCUUUUUUUUUCGAUGCGCAUUUAAGGAGGCGCAACACUUUUAAUCCCAUUAGAAGCUGCUAACGUGCAUGUUCACCUCCCUCUCUCUCCGUGGAGCGGCGCAGGAGUGGCCAAAGCCAAAAGCAGCGAUUCAGAUCAGAUUUCAGCUGGAGAAAGAGAAAGAGAGAGAGGGGGAGAAAGAGAGAGAGUGAGCGUGUGUGUGCGCGCGCGCGUGUGUGCGUGAGGCAGGCAGGCAGGCAGUCAGACAGACAGUCAGUCCGUCAGUCACCCUCCUCCCAAAUCUCGAAAAGCUUCACCGAGGAGGCGCGGCGAGAGGAAUCCAGCGGAAUUUUUGCGCGGAUAUUUCCUUCCUAUUUCUUCACCAGCCGUCCCUCUCCCGUCCUGUCCCUCCUCUUCCUCCUCCUCAUCUUCCUCACGAGCUUCUUCUUUUUUUCUUCUUCUUCUCACAUCUCCCCAAAAUAAAUCAAGAAAAGAGAAUCGAGAUUGAAAAGUUGGAGGCGAGGCAGCAAGGACCGUGGCCGAGGAUGGACGAGCAGCCUCGUUUGAUGCACUCUCACGGGGUAGGGAUGGCCGGACACCCCGGCCUGGCGCAGCAUUUGCCGGAUGGCACCGCGGGGACGGACGGCGAAGGGAGGAAGCAGGACAUCGGAGACAUUUUACAGCAAAUCAUGACCAUCACCGACCAGAGCCUGGACGAAGCGCAGGCGAGGAAACAUGCGUUGAACUGUCACAGAAUGAAACCUGCUCUCUUCAACGUUUUGUGUGAAAUCAAAGAAAAAACAGUGCUCAGUAUUCGCGGCGCCCAGGAGGAAGAACCUCCCGACCCUCAGCUGAUGCGUCUGGACAACAUGCUGCUGGCCGAGGGCGUCGCCGGGCCCGAGAAAGGCGGCGGGUCGGCAGCUGCGGCGGCCGCCGCCGCCGCCACGGGAGGCAUCGGCGCCGACAACUCGGCGGAACACUCCGACUAUCGGGCCAAGCUGACGCAGAUCCGACAGAUUUACCACACGGAGCUGGAGAAGUAUGAACAGGCGUGCAACGAGUUCACCACCCACGUGAUGAACCUGCUGCGGGAGCAGUCUCGAACGCGGCCCAUCUCGCCCAAAGAAAUCGAGCGCAUGGUCAGCAUCAUCCACCGCAAGUUCAGCUCCAUCCAGAUGCAGCUCAAGCAGAGCACCUGCGAGGCCGUCAUGAUCCUGCGCUCGCGCUUCCUCGACGCCAGGCGAAAAAGGAGGAACUUCAACAAACAAGCAACAGAGAUUCUAAACGAGUACUUCUACUCCCAUCUCAGUAACCCUUAUCCCAGUGAAGAGGCCAAAGAAGAGUUGGCCAAGAAAUGCAGCAUCACAGUGUCACAGGUCUCCAACUGGUUUGGAAACAAGAGGAUCCGCUACAAGAAAAACAUCGGCAAGUUUCAGGAGGAGGCCAACAUGUACGCGGCCAGGACCGCCGUCAAUGCCACCAGUGUGUCUGCGCACGGCAGCCAGGCCAACUCGCCCUCCACUCCCAAUUCAGCAGGUUCUGCUGGUUCCUUUAACAUGUCAAACUCUGGAGACUUGUUCAUGAGUGUGCAGUCCCUCAAUGGGGACUCGUACCAAGGGGGGCAGGUUGGGGCCAACAUACAAUCCCAGGUGGAUACUCUUCGCCAUGUUAUCAGCCAGACCGGCGGAUACAGUGACAGCCUCGCCGCCAGCCAGAUGUACAGUCCACAGGGCAUCAAUACGAACGGCGGCUGGCAAGAUGCUCCGACCCCUUCGUCGGUGACAUCACCCACGGAAGGACCCGGAAGCGUUCAUUCGGACACCUCCAACUGAAUCCGUCCACCCUGCCGCCGUCACCUGUAUAAAAAGCAGAACUGACCUUCACAGUAUUAAAAACAAAGGAGUUGACGAUGCCGCUGUGGGCAGAGGAGGAGGAAAAGCCCAAACCAGAAAGAAAAACAACAGCAACGUUUCCUCUGCUUGUAACCUUGGACAUUUGGGAUACAAACAAUGAAAUUCAAAAUCAGCGGAGAGGUUUGUACAGCGUUCACACACACACACACACGUUCUCUUCUAUUGGAUUCCGAGGGCUGGGCUUACUUCUCCAUCAACCGUUUCCACAUCCGGUGCAGCCAACGCUAAAGUAAAUAAACCCGAGCGUCGGUUGCUUUUAGUCGUCGUUCUACCUCUCAGCCACUCCGAGAAGGAAGAAAGUAGAAAAAAACGUCAGUGAUCGGGAUUUGUUUUGCAAAAAGUUGUCUUUGCGAGCAAGAGGCACAUCUUCUUACUUAUUCUACAUUUUGUUGUCUCUCACCUAUUCUAUUCUAUGGUACGCCAUUUUAGACUAAUAUUGCUCAGUUGUUUACAAUGUGUGCUUGAUCCGACUAUGUCCCCCCCCAAACCCCCUCGCCUGUGUCUCCGGCGUCUUUGAACCCAGUUUGUGUCGGGACAUGUCCGCCUCUAAGGUAACCCUGUGAAGUAUGUUAUCUGUAAAACAAUAAAGAAAUACUUGUCAUCACGUCCGACAAGUUUGACGUCAUUCAUUUCGUCGGACGAAUUUUGGAAACAUGAAAGAAAGAUGUUUUGUACAUAAAGUGGCCGUGCUUUGAACGAAAACUAAAAUUGAAAAGAAAAAUUUGUUAAAAAUGUUAAAUAAAAAGUGCUUAAUGAAAGACGAUAUCUUGUUCGGUACGAUGCACACGCAUCUUUUAAAUCGACGAUUUUCCGGUUGAAAGCGUUUUUAGUUACAGCCCAAAUAUUUGUAUAGAUUUCGCGUGACAUUAUCAUCUGGUGUAUAUGAAACGACAGUAUUCCGAAUUACGUGUGGCGCACCAGUCCGAAAAAUGACAGAAUAUCGGAGAAGAAAGUUCGUCCAGGACAUUUCUAACCCAGUUUGCGUUUGACGACACGGACCACUAUUUAAUCUAUUUAAACGGGGAAGUCGUUAUGUUAAUGGACUUGUACACAUG